AUGUUUCCACUAGGCCUGGCUCUUCUUGCUACCCAAAUAAUAUGGAAAACAAGCUGUGAUCCUCUGACGAUCUACAAAACCACAAAUGUGGAAUGCGGAACUGCGCCAAAGUACUCUGUAAAUGCCUCCUGUGUGGUCAAGGCCAUUAAUUGUAACAAGGCUGUGGCCAAUGUGGAUGUAUAUCUUGUUCAGCAACUAAAGAAUAUAUCAGUACGAUUUCAAGUUUUCAAGAGAGACUACACCAAUAAAAUGCAACCAUGGUUGAUUGAUGUCACCAUCAAUAUGUGCGACAUUAUUGAACGAAGGAAUUUUCUGCCCUAUGGAAAAAUGAUUUUUGUGAUCACAAAAUCAUUUUCAAACUUUAAUCAUUCAUGUCCGUAUUCAGUGAGUAAGUCUGGCAAUUAG